AUGGCACGGAACGAUCUCGAGCCAGGGUUGCAUAUUUCUACUUCGAGUUCUACUGAACCCCUGGGCUUGGACGAAACCUUGAAGGCAGUAGGAGCCCCGGCCGACCUCACAAAAUCGUUCGAUCAUGAUGAUGCCUUAACGCCUCAGGCUGCGCCUGCAGAAACCAUCUCGAACUUCAGCGAGAUUGGUGUUAGCUUCAGAGCUGCCGGUGGGACCACCGUCAGUCGAGAUAGUGACGACCCGACAAGUCCGCCGUCGGAGGGCAUCACACAAGAUGCGGAAACCUCGCUUGCGGAAUUUUCUCGACCUCUCGACAGGAGAGCAAUCAUUUUGCUACUUAUACAGCAUUUCUCAAAUUCGUGGGGCUCGCGUACGGCCGAGUUCGCCAUAUAUCUCUUCCUUAUUACUGUCUUCCCAGACACCCUAUUGCCCGCCUCCAUCUUCGGGUUUCUUACUACAGGUACUGCGAUCGUUCUCUCAGGCUGGGCGGGUCAUCAAGUUGAUGUGCAUCACAACCUUCGUCUCGUUCGUGUGUGCAUAGCCACCGUCAAACUCUCAGCAUGUGGGGCGUACGCUGGGAUACUUGCCCUACUAUAUCGCCAGGUCCCUGGAUCCGAAUACAUCUGGUCGUCUUCCCUUUACGCCGGAAUGUUUGCAUUGGUCAUCCUCUGCGGCUGUGUUCAGAAUUUGGCGGGGGUUGCUAUCACUGUCGCAAUUGAAAGGGAUUGGGUGACCGUCAUCGCGGAGGGGUCCUCAGUGCAUCUGACUAUGCUUAAUACAUAUAUGCGGCGCAUUGAUCUGUUGUGCAAGUUGCUCGCACCACUGUUCGUAUCUCUGCUCACAAGUGUCGCUUCAUAUACCUUUGCUGCUUACUUGUUGUGUGGCGUCGAGGCAGCGUGUGCUGUCUUUGAAUUGCUCUGGAUAUCAGUUGUAUACCGACGACUUCCCGUUUUACAAAGAGCCCAAUCGGAGAAAGAGGCAGUCAGAGAAGAGAGGCAGCAGUCGCGCGAUACCCCCCAGCAUAUUCGCUUGGUUUAUCAACUCACAACAAAAAUUAGGUUGCACUUGCUCGAUUCUAUCUCGGACUGGAAGGAGUUUGUUAGGCAUCCAAUAUUUCUGUCCUCAUUUGCCAUUUCUUGCCUUUACUUCACCGUUUUGAGCUUUGACGGUACGAUGUUGGUUUACCUUAAGUCUCAGACAUACGACAAUGCGUUCCUUGCUGGAAUGCGUGGCUUGAAUGUUGUUGCGGGAUUACUUGGGACACUGGCAAUGCCAAUUUUGGAACGGAAAUUGGGUUUGUACAAGCACACUAAUCAGUUAGAAUUCAGGUGGGAGGCCAUAUGUCUAAUCCCCGUCAUGCUUUCAUUUUAUGUCGGUGCCCCUCCAUCUAAUGAACGUGCACCGAGUUGGAAUGCUGCUAUGCUGUUUGGAGGCAUGAUGUUAUCUAGAAUCGGACUCUGGGCAUUUGACCUCUGUCAGCUGAAAGAGCUGCAGAUGGCACUGUCUGAUCAUCCCCGGCGAAAUGCCAUCACUGCGCUCCAGUUCUCGCUGCAGAACAUCGCUGACAUGCUGAAGUACGUCGUCACUAUGAUUCUGUCGCAACCUUCGCAGUUCAAAAUCGCUGCUCUAACAUCGUUUUUGAGCGUGGAUGCGUUGCUUACCCGCGCGCGCAUAACCAACCUCGGUCUCCUGUUACUUGCUGCUCUCACCGCUUUCUCUUUGUUACUCAACUUCAAGCACUACUUUUUUACCAAUGCUAUCUCUCCGGGGCUCCACCCUCACUACAUUCGGCCGUCUGGAAUACUAGCGACGCUUCAGCGUGAUGCCUCGUUGGCCAACAUAGACCACUUGAUCAUUGUCCCUGGCCAUGCCAUAUGGCGGGGUAUUGAUCCCGCGCGGAGGUUAGAAGAUGAUGAAUGGAUCCUGGAACCUUACCAGAGAGGUGGGGGUCGUACCUCUGCGUUUUUCGGUCAUAUCGCUUCUGGAGUAGAGUUGGCCCGACAGGAUCACAAUUCAUUACUUAUCUUCAGCGGUGGCCAGACCCGACAUACCUCGAUGACCACGGAGGCCGAGUCUUAUAUGCGGUUAGCCCUCGCCUCCAACCUGCUGCCUCCUCCCAUCGCUCCAUCUUUUGCUGCCGUCCAUGCUACAACAGAAGACCAUGCGCUAGACUCGUAUCAAAAUUUGUUGUUUUCUAUCGCUCGAUUCCAUGAGUACACCGGUCGCUAUCCAGAACAAAUCACCGUAAUUGGAUACGAGAUGAAGAAGCGCCGAUUCACAGAGCUGCAUCGCGCGGCAUUACGAUGGCCGCAGGAACGUUUUCAUUACAUCGGUAUAGAUGCUGCAGGAGACGAGAAGAUGAAAGCACAGGAAGGCGAGAGGUUGAACGGUUAUCUGCCUUACACCUUGGACACCUACGGGUGCCACGAUAUCUUACUGUCGAAACGGCGCGCGCGUAAUCCUUUUAUGCGAUAUCAUUCCUAUUAUACAUCCGCACCAGAGCUAAAUACCCUUUUCGAUUGGUGCCCAGGGGAUCGUGAAGGCGGCCAGACCGGAUUCUUUGAUGGACCUCUCCCUUGGGAUCAUCCAUGA